CUAAACAUAGGUUUGAAUGCCCGGAAAGCGAACCACCUGACACCAAAGUGGGAUCCAUGCAAUGCGUGCGGAUGAAUUAGAAACUUCGUUAGAAAUUCAAAUCUUGACGACUCUUGGUCGGGGCACUGCACUACGAGAAUAGUAUAGUGUCUGCAGGAGCAUACAUAAUCAGGUGUUAUUGUGUUUUGGGUCCGCAUACACUGUUGCAGGUGCAUUGGUAUAUAAAGUGGCGAAUGGCAAACGCGCUACUCAGUUGCAUUCGACGGAGACACCAUGAACUUCACACUAUUGGAUUUAUUCCGAGGGCUGCCGGCAGAUCCCGUCCAUUUGCCCAUGUUUGGCACACCUUUACCGGCGAUUGUGAUAGUUUUGGGUUACCUGCUGCUGAUUUUCAAAGUGGGACCCGAUUUCAUGAGAUCUCGUAAGCCCUACAAUAUGCGAAAAGCCAUGUUGAUCUACAACUUCUGUCAAGUUCUAAUGAAUUCUGGCAUUUUUUUAAUGGGCACUUACUAUCUUUUUAUUAAAAAACUAUACGAUUUCCGCUGCAUGACCAUGCUGUCCUCGGAUCAUCCAGAUAAAGAUGUCGAUCGUUUGUUGACCUACUUUUACUUUAUCAACAAGGUGAUCGAUCUGAUAGACACGAUAUUCUUUGUGCUGAGAAAGAGCAACAAGCAAAUCACCGUACUCCAUGUAUACCAUCAUGUAUUCAUGGUUUUGGGUGUGCCAUUGACAUACUAUUUCUACGGACCCGGAGGACAAUACAACCUGAUGGGAUAUCUCAACUCAUUUGUACAUGUGGUGAUGUACGCCUACUAUUUCGCAUCUGCUUGGUAUCCAAACGUGAAGAGCACAUUUUGGUGGAAAGAGUACAUCACCAAGCUGCAGUUCCUACAGUUCAUGAUCCUCUUCGCCCAAUCUGUACUGACAUUGUGGCUAAAUCCCGGUUGCCGUUUUCCCAAGGUCCUGCAGUACGUUCAGCUGGGAGGUUCCGUUUCCAUGAUGACCAUGUUUGGAAACUUUUACUAUCAAACCUAUGUCAAAGCCAAAAGUAAAGAGCAGUGAUUUAUAAAUAC